AACACGAACUGCCAUUUUUGAGUGACAUAACCUAACCUCUAAACCUCCAGUCUAAAAUUAACAAGAAAUAUUACGCCAACAAUGUCGCUUAUCGCUAGAAACCUAUCCAAAGUCCUAGUGCAAGCCUCCGGGACUGCCACCCUCCGAAGCCUUCACACAACCCUACCAACCCUCAGUGAAACCGGUCUUUCCGAGCGCCCCGACACCCGCAUCAAAUGCACCCUCAUCCCCGGCGAUGGCGUAGGUCCAGAACUCGUUUACUCCGUUCAAGAGGUCUUCAAAGCAGCUGGAGUUCCCGUAGACUUUGAGUCCUACUUCUUCUCUGAAGUAAACCCCACUCUGAGCGCCCCCUUAGACACCGUAGCUGAUUCAAUUGCCAAAAACAGAGUGUGUUUGAAAGGUAUUCUCGCCACGCCGGAUUACAGCCACACAGGCGAGCUCCAAACUCUCAACAUGAAGUUGCGAAACGCUUUAGACUUGUACGCUAAUGUAGUUCACGUGAAGUCACUUCCAGGAGUACGAAGAAGACACGAAGGCAUCGAUUGCGUUAUCAUUCGUGAGCAGACUGAGGGCGAGUACUCCGCCCUCGAGCACGAGAGUGUGAAGGGGGUUGUUGAAUGCCUCAAAAUCGUGACAGCUAAGAAAUCUCAAAGAAUCGCCAAAUUCGCGUUCGAUUACGCCACAAAAAACAGCAGAAAGAAAGUGACUGCUGUGCACAAAGCCAACAUAAUGAAGCUAGGAGAUGGCUUGUUUUUACGGAGCUGUGAGGAAAUGGCUAAAUUGUACCCCAAAAUUGAAUUUGAGAGGAUGAUCGUUGACAAUUGCACCAUGCAGAUGGUGUCUAAACCACAACAGUUUGACGUGAUGGUAACGCCUAACUUGUACGGAAAUAUCGUCGAUAAUUUGGCUUCAGGCCUCGUAGGGGGCGCUGGAGUAGUCGCAGGUGCUUCCUACUCAGCUAACUGCGUCGUUUUCGAGCCUGGUGCGCGUCAUACUUACUCUGAAGCUGUUGGCAAAAACGUGGCCAACCCCACCGCGAUGCUCCUUUGUUCUUCUAAAUUGCUCCGGCACGUUAAUCUUCCGGUGUAUGGCGAUAUGAUAAGAAAUGCGGUUGAUCAGGUCUUGAAAGACGGGAAAGUGCGAACUAAGGAUAUUGGAGGGCAAUCAAGCACUCAAGAGUUUACAUAUGCAGUGAUUCAUAAUUUGAAGUUACCUAGAACAUAGAUAUGUAUUGUUUUUUCUUUAUUUAUUUUUGCGUAUUCUGUGUAUAUUGUAAAUAGGUCCCAAGCUCAGUGAUGAAUACAUAGUACUCAGUAUUUAUUGUAAUUUGACGAUUUGUAAUAUUUAGACAAUGAAACGCUUGAAUAAAAGUAAUGAGAAUCCCGAGAAA